CUUCUAGGGUUGAACCGGGAAUCGCAAUAUCGCUUCAGCAUUCGGUUGUUUGGUUUUCUUUCGGUGCAACGAACAUCAUUGAAUAUUCUCGCAAUUUCUCGCUUAGUUCAGUUGCAUUAAAGAAUCAGAUAUGGCAGCGGUUUUGCGCGUGAAACGAAGAAACGCCGAGGAACCUCUGGAGGCUUUAGUGAUCGCUUGUAAACGGCGAAAAACUGAAAAUAUCGACGGCGCAGACAUCGCAGCCAGCGAUCCUGUCACAGCCGUAUUAAAGUUUGCCGGUACGGUCAAAAAUCAGGCUGACAAUGUCAUCGAGUGUAUCAGUAAAACACUCACAAAAGAAGAAUUGAAGGCUAAUUUCAAGAAUCAUAUUGUGGCCAAUGUUACGUCAAAGACACGCGAGCAGUCUAAACAAAAAUCACAGGAAAAUCGGUACAAAGUAGUAAACUACUUUCGCUCUCUCGAAUCAAACGAUGUAGAGGAACUUGUUGACAAGGAAAUUUCUGUAAUUGAUGUCGAAGAUUCAACUUCUGCUAUCUCUGAAGAAACGGUAGUCAUUGCACAGGAUGAAAACUAUGUCUACGAUUUGUAUUAUACUCAAACCGGUCACGACAUGCUGAUAGAUCAACUAGUCUCAAUUCACCCAUUUCAAGACGAGCUGGUGUUUGGUUCCUACAGAGAUAACGGAAUAGAUGCAGAAGUAUAUGAUCAGUCCGAAGACUCAAAUUCUGAAUCCAAUUGGAGGAACGAUUAUCCGGACUCCGACCAUUCCGAGAAUUCCAUAUGCGAGGACGAUAUGCGGUCCGCAGUGAAAAGGAUAAGCCUUAGAGGUGAUAGUGAUGUAUCGAGCGUCGAUGAAGACUUCGUCUACGCGCUACCCGAGGACGACGUUGACCACUUUGGCUUCGAAUAUGCAAAAUACAAGGCGAGGAUCAAUGCCGAAAUGGACAAUGAUUUGGCUGACGCGGUUUCGGAUUCGGACAGUGGCAGCGAAGAUGACGAGUAUCGACAGUAUGAAGAUCCAUCUUAAUUUAAAACUGAAAUGAAACGACGCUGCGACGCGAGAGAUUUUUAGAUCACUGGUUGAAGCUGCGACACAACAAUAAAUUGUGUACUUACAGAUCAACAGCUUCGCAAAAAUGUCUGUACGAUGGUGAUGAGUGUAAAUUUUGACUAAGAUCAACUUUAUCGCAUUGUCGCUAAAUAAUAUACAACUUUUUUCAGUUCGAUAAUAAUUUUUUUCGAAAUAACAAAUUUGCGAAGUAACAUUCUUAUUUGUAUGUACGAUUCAGUGCGGGUCCAAGAAAUUGUGUUAUAGUAGGUAAGAAAAAUCGCAAUUUUGGGAUUGUUGCUAAUAAAGUCUUAGAUUGAUAAUUUAUUUGGAUUUUUGGAAACACAUUUAGUUUCCUGCGAAGAAUGUUUGAAAAAAAACAGAGCUGUAACAGAGAUUUUAUCAUCGCACCAGUUGUGAUCCCAGGAGAUCCCGCGAUUUUUAAUUAUUCACAGUACAGUUAACGGUGCGUACUUCGAGAAUGUCUGAGAAAUGUAUCGGUGCUCAUAUUGAAACAAAUGUCUUUUGACAAUAAUACCGUUUAGUCGAAUUAUAAAGCAUUGAAUUAGAUAAUAUUUGCAUGUAAAUGACAAACUCCAAAAUGGAGACGAUUACUAGGUACAUAAUUUGAUG